CUGAUUGGUCGAUUUCGUCAAUUAUAAUUUUUCUACUCCUUCUUCAGUGAAAUGCCUGUUCCUAAAGCGUAUGGCGGGAUGAGGUUACGUGAGUAAGAGCCUACAUCUUGUGCGUACGACUACAAAGGAAAUGCAGUUUUAAUCGCAUACACAUUUUCAAGUUCGUAAAAUACAGAAAAAGAAGAAAAAAAAUAUAUAUAUAUUUAUUUAUAUAUACUAAUAUAUAUAUAUUUAUAUACAAAACAACUCCCCCACGAAACAGGAAAAAAAGGAGAUUUUUCUCUUAGCUUUCUCAUGUCUUGAAGCUCUGUUUUUUGUGGGGUUGUCGUGUCGGUUCGGUGGUUCGUGUUUCCAAGCCGAAAAGAAAGAAAGAAAGAAAGAAAGAAAGAGAAGUGAAAGCAUAAAAAAAAAAGCUACAGCAACACCAACAACAACAAAAAAGUAAUAAUUAAUCAAUCGACAACAACCACACAACAACCACCUAGAAAUGGAAAAUGGCCUUCAUCCGGAUUGACAAAAAGCGUAUCGUGUCUAGGCUCCCAUGUUUCUCUCGCACACAUCAUUCUGUUCAUACAUAGUACGGAUAUCGGUCUACAAUGUUUUAGUUAACAUUUUAGUCGGAGAUAAUUUUGUAAAAUGGAAACCUCACAGACCUUUAAUUUUAACAUACCAAAGUUAAAACGUCAAGCUACAAAAGACAAUUUGCUUGAAAUUGACCCAAAGAGCCGAGAUGCAAAAGAAAUACUUGCAAACGUUACUCGGUCCUACCUCGACCAAAAUUAUUGUGGGCCUUGGCAGAUUCAAGCGAUUCACUCAGUCCGAAAUACAGAACUGGAACAAGACUAUAGAAGCAAGCGUACUGAAUUAAAAGAAGAAGGUCGACAUAACCGUGAGCUUAGUGAUCAAAUUGCAUUUUAUGCGAUCAGAGACCCUUCCUAUGUUCCAAAGAUAGCCAAAAAUGGUUUAACAACCAAUAAUCUGCCAUUUAGUAUCAUUGGAGAUCAUAAUUCUGGUGUGUAUUUGUCCAAGCAUGCAGAUGUCAGUUUGCAGACGGUUGAAACCAUUUCAAAUCAGUUAACAACUGCACUUUUUGUAUUUAAUGUAUUAACGGGUAAAUGUAAACCUGUAAACGAACGACUGAUGUCUAGUAUUGAACCCACACCAAACUAUGACUGCCAUGUGGGACUUCAACCACCUCAACUCUCAGAUAUUCAUAUCAUUCAAAUGCAACGUUCACAGAUAUACUUGUAUGAAUAUGAUGAUGAGGGAAUGCCUGCACCUCGCCCUCGACACUGUCUUCCUUAUGCUGUGAUAACCUACGAACGAAAAGCAGAUACUAUUACACCUGGAUCACUUUCAAAAUCUAUUUAUAUCUACGAUCCAACUAAAGGUCCUCCUCCUAGCAAAAAAUCUGAUGAGAAAAGCGAUUGGAAAAAAGGACCUCGUCAUCCAGUCCCCUUUAAAAAUGUCCCAAAUAACCUCGAGCCUAACAUUCGAAUGCUUCCAGGAAUACGACCGCCUCUGUUAGGUCCAGGCUUAUCAGACAGGGACCAUAUGCUUCAAAAUGUUUUUCCUCAAGACACUGCAAAUGAGCAAUGUAGAAUGCUAGCAAGUUUAUUCCUAGGAUAUGGGCCACAGCCACCUCUUCCUGAUAUCUCUCAGAAAGUCUUAGUUCAAAGAUCUGGAUCAGAUCCAAGAAUGAAAUGUCGUCAAGAUCAAAUUCCUUUAGAUGCAGAACAUUGCCCACCUCCUGUAGAUAAUCCCAGUUUUUCUAUGGAAAACAAUGGACAGUUCAAGCCCCAGUUUUACACCGAUGACAUUAAAAUGGACGUCAGCCAUAUUUGGGGUCAACCAAACCCAAUGCCUGGAUACAGCAAUGAACCAACUGACCAGAUGAAUUGGUAUCCACUUCCAUACAGUCGACCCUUGUUGCAGAAUGAAGUUGAUCCUCAGUGCUUAGGGGACCAACAUCCAUGGAAGCAUAACGAAGAAGUUGCCUUAAACAUGAAUCUCAAUCAGUAUGAAGGAAAUUCCCAGAAUAAACCUGCAAACAUUGAAUGGCAUGCAAGUGGGUCCGAGUUUUUUGAGAAUAAGGACUGGAGGAAUAGCUACCUAAACAACUGUGAUAAUAAAAUAUCAGGUGGUUCUGGCAUAGCAUUUACCAACACAGGCACCAUGAAUUCUAUUGGUGACACUUCAAAUACUACUACAAUCACUACCACUACUACUGCUAUUAGUAAUAGUAGUAGUAGUAGUAAUAGUGGUGGUGGCAGUAAUGCUAAAACUAGAAAGCCAAUACCAUUUGCUUUAAACAAGAAAAAACCAGCCGGUUCCACUACUGAAACGAAAAUCGGUGAAAAGAAAAGCUCUGACAUAGAACUAACAGAGAAGAGUGUACAGGAUCUUCUAGAUAGAUUACCAACAGUUAAGAAAGAGCCGUCUCUACAUCACACUGAUAUGCCAAAGAAAUCUUCUGUGAAGAGCCUUCUGAAGGCUUCAGUAUCUGCCUCCAAAAAUCUGUUCGAAUCAGAACUGUUCAAGAAAGGCUCCAGCAAAACAUCAGAUAGUGUUACUUCAGUAAUAUUUCCAAAGUCAAGCAAGAGUUCGUCGGAGGCUGAGAGUUCCCCCAGUGGUCACAUAAAGGGACAGGAAAAUUCCAUGCAUGAAUUGAUGAUGCAGUUGUUGAGUUCCCAAGAAAACGAACCGUUUGAACCUUCAUCAAAUAAAAAGUCUUUAACUUCAAAAUUAAAGAGUAAAAAACCUGAAGAAUCAACAAAGAAACACUCUUUGAACAAAAUGUCUAUCGAGGAUCUGAAGAAACUAAAAGACGUUGUGCACUCUAAACUAAAAGCAUCAAAAGAACACAAGAGUGGUCUGACAAAUUCAACUCAGGGCGCUUUGGUGAGAGUCACUCCAAAAAUAAAAAACACAGCCCUGUCUGGUAAAACAGGUUUAAAGACAACAAUACUGCUACCAACUGUUGCAGACCAGACAGAAGAAACUGCUCUACAGUCUGAGGCUCUGUCAAAAUUGUUAAAUACCGUAGAAUCUACUAUUGAAGCCAGGGAGCAGCCCCAGGCACCUGCUAGCAGCAGGAGUGAAGUGGCUGAGGUUUCAGAAUUUGAAAAGAAAUAUAAAUCAUUCCUUCAUAAACUACGGAAGAGGCAAAUUAAAGAUACUCAGAGUCACAAACUCCUAGAAGAUCAAGAAGGAAUGCUGUGUGAUGAAAUACCUCCUCCUGUUCUGGAUGCUGUUGGUAUUGAUGAUGUCAAUACAAAGCUGAUGAAAGAACUUCUGUUGUUAGACCCAGACAACUCUGAGUCUACCAGUGUGUCAGAAGCUGACAGUCUGUAUUUACCCCCAAGUGAGCGCAAAAAGAAAAAGUGCUCUAUGGCGUCUCGGAGCCUGCUUAAAAAGAAAGCACCUUUUGAUAUGACUGGCUAUCGGCGGCGACGGAAACGGCAGAAAAUGAGGAGAAAAGCAUCAGAAUUUGACAACAUCAGCCUCGCAUCAACAACUAGUACAUUUGGAGACAAAACGACAUCAAAAGAUAACAAUCUUCUCUCAGAAUUCAACAAAUAUUUAGAUUUAGAUUUCCCAAUAUCUGAUUUAUAUCUUGAACAAGAGAAAUCUUUAUUUGGUGAAGAAUUACCUGCGAAGCGAACGCCAACACUGAGAGAAUUGGGUUAUGAUGACUGGAAAUCUGCUAUGUUCUCAGUACGGUUUCAGCCAGUUGUGGCCCUGAAUGAUUGUAUAAAGCAGAUCACAAGUCAUUUGAAAAGAGAAGGAACAUCUAAUGUGAUGAACUGGAUUGGAAGUCACCAGGACCUCAUGAAUGCUCUGAACAUUCCAGAACAGACAUCAAAUGCUGAAUCACUUUCAAAAUCUCUUUCUUCAGCUACUUCCCAAAUGACAAGUAAAAGUGAAUCUGCGACUAAUAUCAAACUUUCAAAAUUUCACUCUAAACCAUCUCCAGUUUCUAAGGUAGACUUAGAAGAAUUCGGUUCGACAAUCGACAUUACUUCUCUGAAAAAUGAUGCCAAAAGAAAAUUUGUCAGUAAAUGUGAAAAAGCCAACAAACUAUUGAAACUCUCUUCGGGUGAUUCUUUCAAAAAGAAAAUCAAAGUAGCAAAAGACAAAUUUUCUAGCAAAAGUCCUCCGAAGGAAAAGAAACUUGGUAUAGAUAAAAAGGUUUCUUCUACUUCGACAACUUCAAAACCUGACAAAGAAAAGAAACUAUCAACUACAUCUGUUCCCAGCAAAAAACCAACCACAUCUACACAUCCUCUCUCAUCAACAUCAUCUCUUCAAAGCAAAAGCAACACAAGUACCCUUGCAAAAGCUACUACUACUACUGCUAGUACCACUACUAGUACUACUACUACUGUUCCGAAAAGCAUCAUGAAAACACCUCGAGCUGAACCAUUGACUAAAGGCACUGGAAUAACUCCUUCCACUUUCCCUGCUACAGACCAAUCUUUGAAAGUUGACCUCCUUCUUGAUUCAAUAAUUGAGCCACCUCCUAUUGUUGUCACAGAACCGAAAAAGCCUAAGUCUGUCAUAUCCUUUGAAGCUUACAAAGAGAAAAGGUUAAAACCCAAAUCCCCGCCUCGAGAGAAAAUGAAUGUUUUUGAUUCAUUGCAAGAUAUCUUCCCAGCAGAAAAGGAGCCACCAAUAUUUGAUAAACCAAAACCGGAGAAACUCCUCUUAGAACCCCCCAAAGACAUUGAACCACCAAAUUUGUUCAGUAAUUUGGUUACACCUAAUUUCCGAGAUCCAAGAUUGGUUGGCUCUCAAAAGGAACCUCCACCUCUGAAGAUGCCUCUUCCCCUACCAAAGCUUCCUCUUCCAAUACAAAAGGCUAUUCCUCCCUUAAUGAAUGUGAAUCCGAUAUUGCCGUUGAGUAUACCCCCUUUACUACCUGUAAUUCCACCUUUACUACCUGUAAAUCCACCUUUACCUCCAUUGCUAAUGCCAUCACUACAGAAAUCAGUCCCAUUAUUGAAAGGUAAUCCUCAACUGAAUAAAUCUACCCCACAGUCUCCCAAAAUUAUUCCCCAAUCCCCUAAAAUUAUUCCAUCAACCAACAAGCCACUCUCUUCUGUAAGGGAUGACCCAAAAAUAUUUCCUAAAAACAAACCUUUAUCUAAAAAACCUUCUGCUCUCCCUAAAACUAUACCUACUUCAGUAACAGUUUCUUUAAAAGACCCUAGGGAACAAGUUGGUCUUGUUGACCCCCGACUUGCUAAAAAUCUAUCUCUGGCUGUCUCUAAAGGCCCACCUUCCCAACCACCAGCAUCACAAGAUAUACAUUCAUCGAAAGAGGAAUCAAUACAUGACCCUUCUUUACCAAGGGAUCCAAGACUUUUGCGUAUGAACCGAGAUUUGUCAAGUAAUCCUUUAACAAAUGAUGGCAAUAAAUCUAGCAAACCUCUCUUAUUACAGGAAUCGCCAGCAGACUUAUAUAAUCCAGUGAAGAUCAACAGUGAGGAAAUUGAAGACGUAUCUGCACACAUUAGCAAAGAUAUGACAAGCUCUUCUAAAACAGUUAUCACCAAAAAACCAUGGAAUCUGUGUAUCAUCCAAACCUCAGUUGAUAAACCAAAACCCAUAUAUGAACCUAAACAGCUGUCGGUGAUCCCUAUUAAUAAAGAUGUAACUCCUGCAAUUCCCAAACUUUCUUUUGAAGAAAAGCCACAUUCUAAAGAUAACAUCCCAGAUUAUGCCAAAUUUUCUAAAGAAAUAAUUAAGGGCUUCAAGCCCUCAACUUCUAUUUCACUUGAGAAAGGGGAAAUGUAUUCUCCAGUUUCACCAGAGAGAAAUGAAGAACCAGCCAAAGUGAAGUCUGUUCCACAAAACGAACCUGGAAAUGAUCAUAAAACCUGGGGAUUCUACAGAGAGAUGUUGCCACGAAAAUCUGUAUCUGAUGACACAAACUCAGUGUCAGAGGAAGACUCGAAGCUUUUGGUCUCAAAGCAGAAACCUGGCAGUGAGGGCAAAUUGAAUUCAGAAAGAAACAGUAGCAUGAGAGCAUUCUCACCCGGACACUGCAUGAAUGCGGAUAGUGACGAUAGUGAUAAUUCCAACGAAGACCUUACGAAGCCUUUGUAUAUUGAUGAAAGUGCUAGCGGUACACAUUCAGAUAAUAAUGAUCAUCGGCUUUCCCCAAUUAAAGAGAUGUUAAAAUCUCUUGACAGCUAUGAUGAUGAUGAUGAUGAUGAUGACAGUUGUGAUGCAACAAGUUGGAAACUGCCUUCUAUGCAUAGUGGUAAAGCCAGUAAGAGUGAGUCAGAUAAGAAAAACUUGUCUCACCAACAAAAAUCUCAUGAAAAAGCCAAAAACCUUUUCCAGUCCUUAAAUGAAGAUUUUGGAUCAGUUUCUCCAUCAGAAGCGAAAGAUGAAGGUUCGGAAAAAGCAUCGUCUUCUGAUCCUGGCAAACUGUUUAGUGCCUAUGAGUACAAAGGACACGAAGACUCGUCAAACGACACUUCUCAUAUUUGGAUGAAGAGUCUGACAACAUUGAGCCAAGCGAAAGCUGUGUCGUUGAACAUAUCGGAUGAAAUGAUGGACAUGCUGCGCAAAGUUGUGAAAGGAAGUAAGGACAGCAACUCACCGGUCAGCCCAAAUUGUGAUACGAACAAUAAAGGGCAAGCUGACAGCAAUGGAAAAAAGAGUGAGUCAGCUGUGGAGUCCAAGUGUGGGGUUGAGGAGGAGAGGGGGAAGCAUUUCACUGAAACUGUGUUGAAGAUUCAAGGAGGAGGAAAAGAAGAUUUCAACAAAACCACUGCUGAUUCAAAUGUAGCAAAUAAGAAAAACCAAACGGUAACUGAUAUGCACAGUACAACUCACCAGACAACUGAUGAAAUGAACAGUAUGACGAACGCUGGUAACGAUGGUGACGACCAAAUAGAUGAAUGUAUGUCAGGUCAGGCUAUACCAGUCCUUAGACCAGCAAAGAAACGAACAUCAGUGAAAAGAGCUAGAUCUCAAUCACCCACUGCUUUCUCUUCUUUGAAACUCUUUCCUCCACCAAACUGGCUUCCCACACCGUCACCAUUUUUGGUAUCUUCAAACCCAUUGAAAAACAUUGACUGGUCAAUUCCUCCCUCAACCUCACAUUUGGCUACUUCCCUCCAUUCACAGCAGCUUCUCUGGUCUCCCGCACUCAGCAUGUCUCAGUCGCUAUUGAGCAAGAGUAUGCCAUUCCCUGUUGGAUUUCCUGGCUCAGGUUUAACUGCAACAAAUCCACUCUUACUGAACAGACCCAUUAACCCUCUAAUGGUCCCAAGACAAAAUGAUUUAGUUGAUUGGUUUGCUGACAAAAUCAAUCCCAAAAGCCAGAUGUCAUCUGUAAAUGUUGCUCAAUCAUCAACAUCAUCAUUAUCUUCACCAUCAACAUCAUCAUCAGAUCCUGCUAAAAAAGCUGUGACUGCAAGUAGCUCAGAAUUAGAAACUCUUUCCAAAGAGACAGAUAGAAAUUCGAAACCAGAUGCUUCCAAUGACUCUGAAAAUGCAAAUUUGGAAAUUUCAGAAUUGCAGUCUACUAAAGAUCGGGAGAAAGAAAAAUGUGAAUUAAGCAGGUCUUCUUGUUAUAGUCCAACUGAUAAAACUUUGGAGCUUUCCUCUUUAUCAUGUCUUGAUCAUUCUCAAUCUUCGGAAUCUUCAAAAGAUGGUUUGGCUGAAAAGGCCGAGAAUGCGAAAAUGAAAAAAUCUUCCUCAAACGAGCUGUUUUUACCUUCAAUGAUACCAGACUCCUUUAACAGCAAUGCAAUGCCCGAGAUUGCUAUACCAGCGUAUAGUAAAGCCUCUAGAAAAGAACUGAGUUCAGUAGACAGUAAUGAUUGUGAUAAUGAGAAUGAUGCAGCUGCUGGUACAAUUUCCGACACCUCAAAACAGAGUACUGAUGAUCACACGUCUGCAACUGAAGGUCUUAAUGCCUCGCAGGAUGUGGAUCUGCUCUCUGAUAAUGCAGCAUCAGAUGAUAUUAAUAACGAAGUAUCCAAACUUUUAUCAUAUAUGGGCGCCAAGAAAAGACGAAGCAGUAAAGAAAGGAGCAAAUCAUCCAAUUCCUCAAAAAGUAAACAGUCUAAACGAAGCAAGCAUGAUGACUCGUCGCAUCCGAUUCCAAAGUCUGUUCAGAUAUCUACUAUUAAUUCAAGAAAGCUAAAAGAAGCUUCUUUGCCGGAAUCUAACAGGAAACUCCUCAAAGAACUAGCAAAGCAGUUUUCAAAACGGAAGCAGCAUAAAUCUGAUCUCCAAGCACUGUUGGAAUCGGUGAAAAAAAUCAAGAAGGAACUGGCAUCACAGCCUUCUGAAAGCAGUGGAGAUCUGCCUGCGGGAAAGACGUCUGCUAUGUCCGACAAAGAGAGAGCUGCGUGGGCCAAGAAAGAACAGCAGAAGUCAGGCAGCAAAAGAUCAUCUGGGGAAAAAAGUUCUAGCCGAUCAAAGCAUCAUAAAUCCUCUGAGAAAAAAUGGGCCGAGAAUCUUUGGAAACCUGUGAAGACAGAGGCAGAAGAGAAAGCUGGUCGAAGCAGUGAUGCUCCUCCUAUAGUGAUUAAUUAUAAACAGAAGGGCAGCGAAAAGACUGACGUGCCCAAUGUAGCUCGAACAAACAGUGGCAGUAAGUCAAAGAAGUCUUCAAAGAAAGAAGAAGAAGUAGAAGGAAAAGAUGAUGGUGAUGAUGAGAAGAAUGAACAGAAUUGUGACUCAGAGCUAGAAGAAGGAGAACUACUUGAUGAGGAUGAUGAUUGUGAUAUGAAUGCAAAAGAAAGUUUUGAGCCUUUGAGACGGUCGGAAUCACUUGAUAACUACCCAAGGGAGCGAUGGUGGCAUGAUAAAAGGGACCAUCCAAACGAUGAGAGGUUCUAUGAGUCUAAUCCUGGCAGACCACCAAGAGAUAUGCCAUGGGAUAUGGAAAAUAAGCCUGAUGGAUAUCGACAUGCUUGUAUGGAUAAUUAUUCAAUUGAACAACCUGAAGGUUUCUCGCGUAACUGUUUUCCUUUAAAAAGAGCUGAGCCAUUUCCACACAACAGAAUGGAAGACUGUCCUUUCCCUCAACCUGAAGGUUAUUCAAUGAAUCAGAUGGAUAAUUAUCCACCAGAACAUGAUGAUAGCUUCCCAUACAAUAUGCCUGAGGAUAUUCCACAUAACCAAAUGGAAAAUUAUUCUUGUGGUCGAUCCGAUGGCAAUAAGCGAGGGAAACCUAAGAACUACCAUGGAAAACGUGGUCAUUAUCCGCAUGGGGGCAAGUUUGCACCAUUCCCUCCGAAUAAAAUGGGUAAUUGCUUGCCAGAAGAUUCUAAAAACUACGAAAUGGAAUCUGAUGGUUAUUAUAAUGAGGAGCAUAAAAAGUUUCCCAGAGGAAAAUCUGAAAAUUAUCCUCGCGGGAAGUCAAAUAAAUAUCCUUUUAAGAGAACGCGACGUCGUUCAUUCAAGAAACACGAACCAUCCCAUAAUCCAGAUGACUACUGCCAGGAUAAAAUUGAUGGAUUCCUAUAUGAGAAAACUGAUGACUACUUCUAUGAUAAAGGUUUCCAAUAUAACCAAUCAGAAAAUUUCUUCCCUGGCAACAGUAGUGGUUACUGCUCUGAUAAAGGAGACCCCUUUAACUGUGAUAACGAUAAUAUGGUUGGCAAUGUUACCAAAUUUAAUCAAUUUAAUGCUUGGAUUCCAAAUGAAAUGGAAGGCCCAAUGCAACGGUUUCCUAAACAUGGUAAAAGCGUUUUUGACAGGCUGUCAACUAAGGAUCCUAAAUCAGAACUGGGUGGGAGAGCUUACAGAGGGAAACAACCGUUCCCUGGUGAUGCAUCCUCUUGGUUAGAAGAUGGUUCGAUUCCUUUCUCUAACAGCAAGAAGAAAAAGCUUAAGGCGGAGGUUAAAGAUAUAAGCUAUGAAGAACUGUUGGAACAAACUGCCAAGCAGUUGAAAGAACCUCUGGAAGAAGAAGAGGAGAAGAAAUGCAGCUCCUUUGAUACUAUAGAUGAAUAUGUUCAGAUGUUUGUCGAACAAGGCUGUUCUGAAUACAAUAUUAUUAAGAAAACCCUCGGUGUAUCAUUAGACACACGAUUCGAUACAAUGUCAAAAACAAGAAGAAAAAAGAUUCGAAAGAAAAUUCAAAGUCAGUUGCAAGCAUUGAAACAGGCACCAACAAUUAAUAAUAAUGGUAACGAACCAACAAAUUUGUUUCCCAAAAUACCUAUGCCGCCACCUUCUUCUUCUUCCGAAUCAGCAGCUUUUAAUUUAGACAGUAUUCCUAUCUGUAGUUCUUUGAAGUCUAUGUCUGACUCCAUAGAGUUCUUGCAAAACAUAUGGUUGAAACGUCGACCAGAGGAGGAGGGACUCCAUAACUCACUGUCCUCUUCUGAGGCACAAGAAGAUUCAGAUGAUGACAGCAACAGCACAAACAACGUAGAGAUGCAAGAGGAUACUAAUAUUACAGACCCUGAGGUCAGACGUGCCGUGCAUAAAGUUCGAGCCAACAUGUUGUCAGCAGCGGAAAAGAAUGGCAUUGGAAUUCCACACCAGAAGAUUCCCCUUAGUCUUCUCCUGGCUGAAGAAAAAGACAGUCUGUACUCAUCAGAAGGCUGUUUCCUUAUUCUUAUGCGAAAGAUUCCUACCAAAUCAGUCGAGCGUUUGGUAACUUUACGAGAAGUGCUCGAUCACAUUAACUGCGAGGUGCAACUCGCUCAGAAGAACAAUGAUGCUCCGAAAUUCCAAACGUUACAGGCAACCAAAAUAAACCUGCAUGAGCGCCGCAAGUGUGUUCUGGAAAAUUUCACUGGUCUCCUAAACAGAAAGCGUUUGCGACUCAUCGAGAAAGCCUGUAGAAAAUAUCAAUGCUGCUUGGACUACAUGAAUGCAAAUCCUGAUGUGAUUAAAGAUAUAGAUAAGGAAUUCGUUGUCAAGAGUCUCAAAGCCAUCCAGGGACAUAGAAGCACUGUUAAAAAUAUUCUUGAAAACAAAGACUGCAAUGCUCUCCCUCCACCUCCCUUAGUUCCAAACAGCCAGCUUUCUAUGGGCAUGACCAGCUCAGAACCAUUCCGGAAUGAGCCGUUAAUGAAUGGCCUUGAGCUCCAAACAGCCCUCCGUUUCCUUGUCAGUAAUUGUCAUGAAAACUUCAACCUUUGAAAAACAGUUCUCUCGGCAGGAGAGAUAUGUGUACAGUGGUAGCAAUAUAUUACGUAUUGCAACAGCAGGGACGACUCGGGACGUUCUAUGUAACAACGACAUGUUUUCAAGAUCAGUUCACUUUACUGUCUAUUGUUUCUAAUACCAGUAAUAUCACUGGGACAUGUUCCAAUGCGUCUUUUUUUUUUUAAUCUUUUAACCAUGGUCUUCCUUCCAUUUUAUUUACUUUUUUUUCUUUCUUUUUUUUUUUCUUGAUUCUACUAAUUCUUUCAUUUCACUGCUAUGAUAUGACUGAUGAUAAUGAUGGCAGACAAAUCUCAAACACGAACAUGUAGACACUAACAUGUCAAACAUCAUUUAA